AUGGGCAUUUUGUCAUUUGACAUUUUGUCGGGUGGCAUUUUGUCGCGUGGCAUUUUGUCGCGUGGCAAAAGGUCCGUGUUACGUCACCCUUAUUUUCCCUGCCCGUCUCUUCAGGGGCGGGGCGAUAAUCAAUCAAUAAAAAGAAAGGGAUGUUAUAGUAAGUGUAUUGAUCAAACUGUGGAGGAAUCAAGGAAUCAAUCAGUCGAACCUGAUCGAUUAGGCGCUAUAAUCUCCUCACAGUUGCUUGAUAACGAAAUAUGGAUACCUAUUAGAAAGUUGGAAAAAGAUACAGUAGACAACAUUUUAACCAGAUUCCAGCUAGUUUCUCAGUCUAAAAUAGAAAAGGGAUCAUUGUAUGGUCAGCCAUUCACAAUAAAAAUCCAGACGUUAGGGAUUUCAGCACUUCCAAAAAAUCAAUCAAUUAGAGGAAGUGCACCACAAGGCAAUAGAACAAAAAUUCCUCAACUAAGGGAUGAAUUAUUCAUUAAAAUUGUCAAUCCUAACAACCUGUGUUUAUUCUAUGCGUUGGAAAUUACUAAAAAAUAUGUGAUUAAAGAAUUGGGGGAUAGACGAAAUUUUAGUAGAUAUCUACAAAAUAACCAUCGGCAAAUGAAGGAUGUUUUUGAUCUGUUAAAAGCUGCAAAAAUCCCUCAAGAUCUCCCUGAAUAUGAUGCUGUAGAAUAUGUGCCUGUUGUUGUCGACUUUUGGAAUAAUCAAUACAAGGAUACAGGUUAUAAAUUUAAAGUAUUUGUUUUUGGAAGUGUAAACGAGAAGCCUAAAUUUAAAUAUGGAAGUGAAAAUUUCAAUGUCCCUAUCUCAAUUUUUUACUCAAAUAAUCAUUUCGAUGGAUUAAGAAAUGUUGGCGGAAUGUUUGGAUUAAGAGUAAAAUAUUGCUUUACCUGCGAAAAGAGCUUUAGAAAGGACAAGGAGCAUAGUAUGAGAUGUAAAUCGCGUUGCCAUCUCUGCGGGCGUGUAGGAGGAGACAGACCAUGUGUGGCAACACCUGACUUUUUCAAAGAAUGUGAUGAAUCAACUGUCGUCAAACAAAACAAUGUGAGAAAUGUGGUGUAA